AUGCGUUUUCUUAACGCCUCCAUCUUGUUUUCCAUUUUAAUUGUGACAUAUACAUUUUGUGCUAUAGAAAAUGAUCCAAUCUUUUGUAAGAAAACUCACAGAGGAAUUCUGAAGUACCAUAAGAAGAAGGACGAACAAGAGUACAUUACUGUAUCUUCAGUUUUGAAAAAUGACACUCUCGACUUCUACAGGGGUUCCACAAUUUACGAUACUGUAGACCUACGGGAAGUUCUAACUCCUUUGUUAAUUUUUUCAACAAGUCCCGAGUGUAUGACUAUUAAUAUGGUUAACAAAGAUUCCAUAGUUCUAUGCUGCAAUUCAGAAGAGUGCAUAAAUAACUGGUGGCUAUUUUUGACAAAGCAAAUACUCUGCCUUAACAUGGGCGAGAUGAGGAACGAAAACGACGAAAAGACAUUGGAAAAUGUUCAACAUAACAUUAUAAACAAUGACAAUUUCGACGGCGUUUCCAUUAACAUAGAACAGGACCUUGAGGAUAUCCCAAAUGUUCGCAUAAAAGCGGAGUCAUGA